AUGCAGCGGGCAGGGGCUGUGCGCCUCCUGCCCAGAGGGAAAGUCUACAAACAGAUCUUUGAGGAUGAGGUUCGCUUAGUGCGCUCUUUGGAUGAAGUAAGGAACAAAACUAGGUUUUCUACAGAGAGUGAAAGGCUCGCUUUGGUUAGGGAGUCAGAAGCUUCUACUGAUGCCAGGCUACUACCGUGUUACCAGCAGACGUGGGUUGAAAGAACACCUCAUGACAACUCUGCAGAAAAACCACCGCUGUACAGAGAAGCCACAACAUCUCAAAAGGCAGCUGAGGAAGUCAGAGGCCUACCCGAUUUUGUUGUUCCUGAGGAACCGAAGAGUAAUAUCUUGGAACGCCUGUCGGAACGCCGGCGAGGCCGUCACGCUGAGGCACUGACCUCAAUGUAUCAUGAGCUCGCCUGCAUUGCCAGGGAGCUGGAACCCUUUGUUUUGGAGCAUGGAAAAUUCCUUCUGACAAAACUGAUGGAAUCUGAUAGAAAAAUCGAACUUCUGUUUAAAAAGAUUGAGUUUGACACUACUCUGGAAGGUUUCUCAAUGGAAGGCUUGGAAGAUCUGUGGAAUAUCAUCCAUCAGGAAUCCUUGACCAGAAGGAAGUGGAUUAGGGAAGUGGAUGAAUCCUUAAAAAUGGUUGAAUGGAGUCGAGCUGAUAAAAUAACAGACGUACUGAGGAAGUAUACUGUGAUACUGGAGGAAAUUUCUUUCUUCUUGUCAGCUGAUGUUUACAGGUUCAUGAAUGAUGAGGCUAUGAUGAUUAACAGAGCACUGUUGGCUAAUCGGAGGGCAAUUGCCAAGCUGUUCUUUAAUUUAAUGAAAUCAGAGAUGAAGAGGGAAUUAUCACAACGAUUGAAAUGGCAAGACAAAGUCAAGGACUGGCAGCUCAUCCAAAAGAACUCUUUAGUUCACAGUUUCAGAGAAUUUAUGGCAAAUGAAGAAAUACAGAAUCCCCCAACUGUGAAAACAGAAAUGGAAAAUAUGAUAACGGAGCAAAUUUUACUUAGUGAAAGGAGACUGGAGUUAUUGCAGCAACUUGGUAAUCUGUUACCUCCAACACACACGAAAGCUGAUGUAAAUGAAUGGUACAGAUCUUUGGUGAAUUUAAACAAAAGUAUAGAUACCCACAAUGUGCAGUGUAUGAUGAAAAUACACAUCCAGUACGAGACGGUCCUGCAAAAAUGUUUGGCAGAAAUGGAGUUAUGCAAGAAUAACCUGUUGAAGUUUUGCACCAAAAAGGAGGCUGAAGAAACAGUGAAUUCUGAGAUACUUGAGUUGACUGAGAAACUGAAAAGUCUGUUUGAAGAAGAACUGGAGCAUAUGGGUAGAGACUUUGAGGAGCUGGCUAAACACAAUGAGCAGAAUUGUAGAGAUUUGUGCAGCUAUUUUCAGGAGGCCAUGGAUCUCUGGGAUGCCCAUCAACUCAAACUGUCCCAGCAGAAAGGUGAACUUCAGAAGAAAUUAGAUGAAUGCAGACGGAAACAGGAUAACUUAAUGCAGAUGAUGGAAGAUGAUCUGGAUAAAAUUUUGGACGAAAUGAGAACAGCGAGCUCUGAAGAAAAACUGAAUCAAUAUUUGAAGAAUGCCCUUUGUUUUUUAGAUGACAUUAGAGCUAGGUAUGAGACAUUCAACCAAGUUCUAAUGGAUACAGUAAUGACUUACCCAGAAGCUAUUUUGCAGGAGUUGGUUUCCUAUAGUAUCUCCAUCAGCCAAUAUUUUAAUGUAAAGGAAAUCUUCAAACAGAACUUGCAAGGGGAGAUAGACUUUGCAUUUCAAGAUCAAGUUGAGGCUUCAGAAGCUGAACGUCUGGUGGAGCAGCAAGCUAAGUGCAGUAUGCAAGAAAAUGAAGGACAGCAAGAGGUGGAUAGUCAUCAACAAGAAAAGGGGGAAUCAAACACGGCUGAGAAUGAGAAGAUCUUUGCUCAGGAAACGGAAGAAACAGAAUAUGGGGGGAGUAUUCCUCAUGAAAGUGAAGAAACUGAGCAUGCAGGACAGGAGGUAAGCUUUACACAGGUUAUGUUCAACACCAGAAAGGCAGAAAGCUCUGAAAUUGCUGUUGAGUCCUUCUCCACUUCUAGUGGAAGCACUUACACAGUUCGGGGAGUUGAAGAGGCAGGAAAGACCGACAUCCCAGAGACUUAUUUUACAAAAUAUGAAAAAAAAGAAUCACUUCCUAUGUACUUGAAAGAUGUACUUAUCAAAGAAACCAAGUUUGUAGAGCUGAAGAAAUGGAUUCGCCUCUGUUUUUUUGAACACUUGGAGAAAUGGUUUGCAGAGUCCUUAUCCAAGUCCUCUCUUGUGGUAGCUGCCAAGAAAGAGGAGCUGAAUUCAGAACUUCAGCUGCAUCUUCACUUGCACCGACGAAGGCAGGAGGAUAUAGAGAGAAACAUCUACAACAUUAGAGCUACGGAACUGCAGCUUCACAAGGAGCGUCUGGAGAACCACUGUGCUGGGGUGGUGGAAGCUCUGAAAAAGAAGAGAGCUGAAUUUGUCAAAUUUUGUGAUGGGCAAAAUAACAUCAGCAAAAACUUACAUUCACAAAUCUGUGACAUGGAAUCUGUCCUCCUCAGUGCUCCUAUGACUGAGAAGUAAAACAAUCUGCGCUCUGAGCUAGAUGAUGAUCUGGAAAUGAUCCAUGUUUCCCUGAGAAGUUACCAGAAAUAUUUGGAGGAAGCUUUACGAAAAUUAAGGAAUUCAAAUGUGGAUUUUCUCAGGGCUUGCAGAUUAUUUUUGCAGGGAGGUAACUUUUCUCCUGAGGAGGUAAAGUCUUUCAGCAGCUGUCUUCAGGGAGAAAGUAAGCGUAUUGACUCUUUCGAACGUUUAAUCAAGACAGAUCUGGAGAAAGUGGAAUCACGCUGCUUGCAGCAGGCUACUGAACUUAUCAACCAGUCUGAAAAAAAGUUCCAUUCUCUCUUUAUGAAUCGAGUCUUUAUGGAGAAGAUCCGACGAUUUUUGACAAAUCUACACGUGCAAAUCAAAUCAGAGGUAGCAAAAUCCAAUUUACAGGCAGUGACAUUAAACUCUCAUCUGGAGAAGCUCCAUCAGAAGAUAGAUGCUUAUGCUCAUCCUACUGCAGUUACAGAAGCUUUGACAUCUGAAGAGUGGUAUGAUUUUGCCAAAGAAGUGUUGAAAGAACUGAAAAAGAGGAGCCAGUAUCUUGACUGCUUGCUAGUAAAAGCAAUGAGGCCGCAUGAUAGUGAGGACUUUACCCCUCUUGCAACGGAUGUGACGUUACAAGGUCCAAUUGCUGUUGCCAUUCGAAAAGAAUCUGUCAGAGACGUGAAGGAAUUGAUGGUGAUGGGGCUGGAUCCUACCAAAUACCCUUUGUUAAAUCCAAGCAGAAUGGGAAAGUCUGCACUUGAUGAUUUAUCAAUAAGUGUUAUCAAAAAUUUACUUGAAAUUCCACCAUCCAGAAAAUUUUCAGUCUUAAAUCAGGAGAGAAAAGAUCGUUCGCAUUCAUUAAGACCAGGUGUCAAUUCUUCUCAUAUUAAGAAGAAUUCUCACUUAAGUGUAUCUGAUUAAGGUCAUCGGAAGUCUGCACCUCAGAUCACCAGGAAGUCAUCUUUUAAGAAAAGGAUGUCAAGAGGAAGGAUACAGGUCACCAAACCAGAUCUUGGUGAUGAGAGAUUGCAGAUAUUUGGAGAGAAGCCUCCAGAAUCUGAUACUUUUAAGGGGAUUAUUAUGAACAUUCUCUGGACGGGUAAUAACAGCUUGCUCUCUCUUGCUGAGGAGUUCUACAAAAAAGAGAACCCUAAAAUCAUGAUGCCUGCAGAUCUCCCACAGACAUUUGGACAUUGUGCAGAGAUGCUCAAACAGAAUCUAUUGUCGUACCAAAGUCAAACAGAUGAUUACUACAAUUUCUGUCUUAUAGAAUUUCAGGAUCAGUUGCAGAUGUUUGAGAAGGGGCUCCCUUAUGUCUCCCAGAUGGCAAUUGAUAGUCUUUUAAAAGAACACGAGCAGAAGCUCAGCCAUUCCACCGAUCAGAUCCGACACCUCUUUGAUAAACAGCUGGAAGACUGGGAGAAUCUCAAGGCUGUGCACAAGAAUCAAUUACGUCCCUCUCUGGGACAUCCAGAGAACUCACCUCACCUGGACGCUUUGUGCCAAGCAGAAAUAAAAAGGCAAAAAGACCAAGCUGAUGGUACUCACCUCAACAGGCAGAUGCUGCAGGACUGUGCUGCUGAGUGUGCUCAGAACUUUGUUUCUGCACUAGCUGCCUUCACUGAAAAGCUGCUUCUGGAAUUAGAUGAAAGUGUCUCAGUUAAUGAUGUACAAGUAGCGAAAACUGAAAUACCAAAAGAGAAGACAUCCACUUCAACCCGUCAUAAACAAGCAGGACUUCCUCUGGAAAGCUGUGAAGUUAAACAGUUAAUUGACCCUGGGAGCAGGACUUGGCCCGGAAUACCCAGGACUACUCUUACAGACAAUUCAGACUAUGUUCUUUGCAGAGAAACUGCAUCAAUUACAACAGCAAAGACUACGCCGGGCCAUGUAGCAGCAGUAGAAGCAAGAGAUGCUGUAUAUGAGAAAUACAAAUGUAAACUUGAGCAGCAGUUUGCCCAGAUCAAGGAAGAAAGUACAGCUCAGCUGCGGGCAAUUCAGCAUUGGGAAGAUUGGUGGAAACAAUCCAUCCAGAAGAUUAAGCAACUCUAUGCAUGAGCUCAGUCACAUCUUGCUGAUGUCCUUCUGAUCAUUGUUGGUGUAAACUGGCAAGUUUGUACUAAUAUCAGUGAUUUAGUCCAACAGGAUUUUCUGGUUUGGUUUUUUUUUUUUUAAUUUCUGCUGCACUGAACAAGUGCAAUGGUGAAAGGAGGUAUUUUUUUGCCUCUUGAAACAAAAAAUCCUGACGAAUGUGCUGUAAAUGAAAUGUAGACUCUGUGCAGCGCUUCCUAGUCAGAUCUCAGCCAGAAUAAAGUUAACUCAUAUGGUGCUGGCUGUAAAAGGAGAAUCUGAAAAGCUAGAAGCCCACACAGUGAAUUUGUACUGAAGUUCAUGUUCAAGACCUGGGCAUGAUUGAAUGUGACUGUUUCACAGUCUGAAGUUACAAUGGUUAAAUGCAGCCUUUUUAAUAAUGGAGUCCAGCAAGGAAACCUUUUCUUCAACACAGAUUAAACCCUUCCCACAGAUAUCCUAUCUUUCUUCACGUUCUGAACAACAUACAGCUUGCUACUUCAGUUCUAGAAAUCUGAAAUACAGGUUUAGCAAUCUGAAAUAGUUGAUCUGCAAAGAAUAUUUUCCACAGACUGGUCUACAAGUGAGGUAUUUAUCUGCAGUCCAGAGUGCUUUCCAAGGCAGGGCUUGAAGAUAAAGUACUGCUUUGUUCUGGGAGGUCAAGCAAGUUCAUUUAGGAGUAACGCAGCUACUUUCAACCAUAUUGCUUUUAAAAAAACUCUCUGAACAAAUUCAAGGAACCUGAGUAACUACUAAAACUGCAUUAGCCUUUUUUCCAUUUGUUAGGAGAUUCUGUCACUAACUGCAACCACAUCUAUUUCAUUCUUGUUUGCAUUGAUUGUGAACCCCAGAGUUGUAAAUCAGUUGAGGACAAAUACGGUAAAAGUCAAUGAGAUGUUUUUAGAUGCAAGGAGAGGUUCUGAACUCA